UCUUUCAUCGUUUCUGGUGAACGCCUCACAGCUAGAACACCUAACAACAAUCCAAUAUCUAAAAGAGUCCUUUUAAACAUUUUAUUCUUUGGUCUCGAAUCACUGAAAUCAAGCAAAAUGCUUGAUUAUCUCUCCUUGGUAUUUGUUGUGGCUGUUAAGGUUUUCAAGAAAACCACCCCCAAUGGAAAAGUUACUGUUUACCUCGGCAAACGUGACUUCAUUGAUCACGUCGAUUAUUGUGAUCCGGUGGAUGGAGUUGUCGUAGUUGAUACGGAAUACCUGAAAGGAAGAAAAGUUUACAGCCAGCUCGUGACCACUUACCGGUAUGGUCGAGAGGAAGAUGAGGUUAUGGGUGUCAAAUUCACGAAGGAAAUGGUUAUCGGUACUGAGCAGGUCGUACCUAUGGUCAAUAACAAGAUGGAGCUCACACCAGUCCAGGAAAAAUUACUGAAAAAGUUGGGCCCUAAUGCCUAUCCUUUCACUUUCAACUUCCCUGAAAUGUCUCCUAGCUCGGUGACACUGCAGGCAUCUGAUGAAGAUCAGGGCAAGCCAAUGGGCGUUGAUUACUGUGUUCGCACAUACGUUGCUGAGAGCGAGGACCAGAAGAACCAUAAGAGAAGCUCUGUUACCUUGGCAAUUAAGAAGCUGCAACAUGCACCAGCAUCCAGGGGACGACGGCUCCCAAGCUCCCUUGUAAGCAAAGGUUUCACAUUCAGCAACGGAAAAAUCAGCCUCGAGGUUACUUUGGACAAAGAAAUUUACUAUCAUGGCGAGAAAGUCGCUGCGAAUAUCAUCGUGUCCAAUAACUCGAGGAAGUCAGUCCGUAACAUCCGCUGCAUGGUCGUGCAACAUGUUGAGAUCACUAUGAUCAACUCUCAAUUUAGCCGACAUGUUGCCUCUUUGGAAAGCCGUGAAGGAUGCCCAGUUACACCAGGAGCCAGCUUAUCAAAGACCUUCUAUCUUGUACCUCUUGCACGAAGCAACAAGGACAUCCGCGGUGUGGCUUUGGAUGGGCAUCUGAAAGAAGAUGAUGUGAACUUGGCCAGUUCUACUUUGGUAACUGAUGGAAAAUGCCCAGCCGAUGCAAUUGGUAUUGUGGUCUCCUACUCUGUACGUGUCAAGCUGAACUGUGGAACUCUUGGUGGAGAACUAGUUACGGACGUGCCUUUCAAGCUUCUUCACCCAGCUGAGGGAUCAAACGAACGCCAACGCUUUAACGCUAUGAAGAAAAUGCAGUCAAUCGAACGACACCGCUACGAGAACUCGCUGUACACCAAUGAAGAGGAGGACAACAUUGUCUUCGAAGACUUUGCUCGCCUUAGGAUGAACGAGCCAGAGUAAACAAUGACCAUUGGCAGUGUUUAAAAUAAAAAAAAGGAAAAAAUAUUAAAAACACAAAAAAAAUAACACAUAACCAAGCAAGACAAUGUAACUUAUCCUCCAUUUGAUUGGCAUGAAUAGUAUCGUUCCUGAAGUCUUAUUAGAUAUAAUUGUAUUCAGUUAAAUCUGUAAUGCUAUAUUUAUAAGACUGCUCAUAAUCAUAUCAAUUAUAUAAAAAAUAAAAUAAAUAUUUUGAAAAUGUGAGGCAACAUAUUAUAUAAAACUGAAGAACAACAUUUCAAAAAAUAUUUAUAUACUAAUUAUGUUUUAUUAUCAUCAACCAUUGUAAUUUACCUUUUAAAACAUUAAUAAAAAUAUCACCAGA